AUGGAUGACUCAGCUUCUCCGCCAGCCCUCAGUGGCCAAUCAGCGCCCCCAGAACUCCGCCGACCGCCGUGGCGCGUGUGGCUCUCGGCAUCACCGUGCAGGAGGAAAUGGAAAUCGACAGAGACGAUGUGCAACAUUGGCAAGAGCCUUCCGCAUCUCGAGCGUGAGAAGAAGAUCGAAAUCAUAGACCAGCGCCUCGCGGGGAUUGAAAAUCUCUUACGUGAUUUCACCGUCAAUCAUGGCAGCAAUAACAAGUCUCCAUUGCAGCAACAGGAGGAAUUGCAGUCCCGCAUUCCUGGUUCAGAUGCCUCCCAGGAAGAAUGCAAAGAACAGAAACAACUCUCGUCAUUGGCAGCAACUCAACCUGGGACAACACCAGAAGCAGAACCCCCCUCUAGCAGCAACACCAGCCCGGGAUUUCAAGGGGAACCGUCCACGACCGCACAUUCCGCGUACGCCAGCGAGUUGUUUGAAAAGGUGGUGGUGAAAACGCCCCUUGCAGAACAUAGUCCGGAGAUGAUGAAUGCGCUCGCCGCACUGAAGGAUAUUGUUGAGAGACAGAAGCUUCCUUCUUCUAUCCAUACGUUGCGUUUUGCGGGCCAGAAAGCGGCGUCCACCAAUGUCGAUUUUUCGAAGUUGGAGAUGCCGCCGCUGAAUGUGGUGCUUGCGGUGCUGAAGAAUGCAAAGGAAUCCCACCCAUUCUUCCUCCUAAACCUCCCCUUCCUCGAUCUCCCUACAAUCACCAAAUUCUGCAAGGACUUGUAUUUCUGUACUGAGGAGUACACCACCGCUCAUUUUGCUAUCGUAAACUGCUCGCUAUGUUACAUGUUCGAUGAGUUGCAUUAUUUCUUACCAGGCUCCCACCACCAAGUGGACAACCUCCGCUGGAACGAACAACAAGCACCACCACCGCCACCACUAGCAUCCCUUACGGCAGAAGAUUUUGCCCACUACGCCAGCAUGUGCCGCUCGAAUUUCGAAACCGCCAUCAACACUUUCGAUUUAUUCCUCCAGCCGUCUUACGAAAAUACCCAAGCUCUAGCCCUAGGAGCCUUCCAUGCUACGGAGGCUUGCAAACCAUCUCUAUGCUGGACCUUCACCAGCGCCGCAGCUCGCAUGUGCCAGAGUCUAGGGUAUCACCACAGCGUCUCUGGCCCAGGCGUCAGUGACGAGGAAGCCUAUCUGAAAAAGUCGCUAUUCUGGUUCAUCUACGUUCUCGAUAAAGAUCUGACAUUGUUGCUUGGUCGCAGCUCGACGCUGCAAGACUAUGAUAUCGCCCUUGAAUUCCCAGGCCCACCGAAAGACCCCAAAUUUGGCCCCUGGUUCUCGAUGUAUUCGGUGUGGGUGACAUAUGCGAAAGUUGCAGCGCAGAUCUUUGAGAAUCUAUAUUCAGUGCGUGCAUUGUCGGAGAGUGCGGAGGUGCGGACGGAGAGGACCUGUCAUCUAGCAUUGGAAGUAGAAAAUUGGAGAGCUGCAUAUGUUCCCUUAGAUUCAACGCUCACAGCGUACCACGCAACCUUCUUCCGCUACGCCACCUCCAUGACCGACCUGUGCUACUAUCACCUCCUCACCCUGAUAUUCCGAGCGAGGCCCGCACCUCCGCCAACCCACGAAAAUCAACGGCAGGAUCCGCACCAAAAACCCACCAGAUCACACACCGACCUUGAUCCCGCUUGUGUAAACUCCGCCCGCAGCGCUCUCCGCCUGCACCAGAAAUUUAUCAUCGACUUCCGCAAUGACAGCGAGUACCUUUUCCAGGGGUACAUCGUCUGGUCCCUUCUUCACUGCCCUUUCACGCCCUACCUAGUCCUCUUCACGCACACAAUCGCCACAGCGGACCUCGACGACCUAAAACUUCUGGAGGAAGUUUCCAGCUCGCUGGAAACCGCGCGACAUAUUUCUGAAGCGGCGGAUAGGCUCUGUAAGCUCUGCGCGGUGUUCUAUCAGGUUGCGCGGUUAUAUGUUGAUGUCCGGAUGAGAGAGGGCGCAGGUGAGGAGCAGCUGUACCACCAGCAGCAGCACGCGCAGGGUGUUAACGUGGACGCCCACUCUCGUGUUAGCAGUAAUGUUACCUUUGAUGCUGGCGCUGGCGCUGGCCCUGGUGUGCCAAGGAUUGACGAUGCGACUGCAUAUGCUGGUCAGCAGAUGGACCUGCAAUGGGGCGCUGAUGAAGUUGAUGGUUAUCUGUGGGAGCUGGGUUUCGGGCCUCCAGCUGGUGGAAUGAACAAUAAUAAUAAUAAUAAUAAUAAUAAUAUGGGUAGUGGUAGCAAUACCCUGGGUGCAGUAUCGGGCCAACAGGCACCAGCCGACGGUGGAGGUGUGGGGGAGAUGAUGCCUCCGACGCUGCAGGAUUGGUUUCGUGGAAAUCAGUAUAUGAUGGGAUUACUGGAGUCUGAUAUAUAA